UUUUUUGAGAAAAACUCAAACCAAACAAUUUUUUAGAAUUUUUUUUUCUAAAACUCAUCUCCCAAAUGCAAACCAAACAUACCCAUACUUUCUUUGUACAAUUACAUUCACAUGAACUCAAGAAUUAGGUGAAUUCAACUUCUACAUAUUCUUAUUACAAGAAUCAAGGUUAACAAUCAUACCUAUAGCUUGAAUCUAAGUGUAUUCUAGCUCAAUUUUCCAAUUCUCCUUCAAUUCUCCAAGCUUUGAGUCUAAGUCUUCAAUUUUGUGUUCUCUCUCUCUCUCUAAUUGUCUCUCCCCCUCUAUAUUCUUCUUGGCUGAUUUGAGCUCAAGGAAGAUGAGUUUCAUCUCAUGUCUCCAUAUAUAUAUAGUGGUGAUUAGCUUAUAACACAAAUCUUGGAUUAAGUCUCCUAAUCAUACAUAAGAUAAUUACUCAUUUAAUUUAAUCUAAUUAUUCUGAUCCGAAUCAAUUUCUAAUUAAAUUUUAUCAUAGGCUCUAAAAUUUUGCUAAUUACGAUGGUACAAUAAAUUUUGGUUUCUGACGUCUCUACGGCCCCUAAUUUAAAUUUUAUAACAGAAAAUCAAACAGAUCUUUCUUCGGUGAACAGAUAGAAUUUCACAAACGCAUAUAAUCAUAUAAUUAACAUUCAAAAUCAUAUCAAGCUCAUAAUUAUAAGCAUGGUUAAGAUUAAUUAGCAUAACACAGACCAAGAGGUUCUCCUCCUACUCAUGAAGAUGAGUUUAACUACUCAAAUUCAUGUAAAAGAGGUUCAAAAGGGGAGAUCCGGUCCCUUCUUAUAGAAGAAACCAUGUCUGGGCUUCUAACCCAUAAUAAAAUCAGAAAAAAGCAAUUUAGACUUGGCCGAAGUCAAUAUACAGGGCUCUACCAACUACAAAAAAGGGAGAGAAGAGAAAAUUCAACUAACUUAUCAACAACUCGACAAUAAUGAUCUCAGUGAUCUCAAGAGAACUCCAGCAAUAAUAAAAAAAAAAAGUAGCGGAGAUAGAAUAUUGCGAGAAAGCCAUGGAUGGAAGUAGGGAUUACCUCUAAGCUAGUGAAGAUAGAGCUCAAGUUGGUCACAAACUCCAAUUCGAGCUCCCUCUGGCCAGCAAAGACUCUAGCUCCAACUCUCCAAGCAAAGGGAUGAUGAAGAUAGUCCAAGUGUAUGAAUAUCAAUGUCCAAAUCUCACCAACUCUCACUCUAAUUGAUUAAUUAAUUACCUAAUUAACUAAUUUAAUUAGAGAAUAGAAUUAGGAGUUAGAACUAGGAAUUGUGAAAUAGAAAAUUAAAGCCAGCCCCCAAUUCUCUAAAAUGAGGGGUUUAAAUAGGCUUGGGGAGCUUGGAAUAUGCCAUUUGAUCCCUAAGGAUUCGGAUGACAUAUUCCGAGAUGCUAGGGACACCUCAUGAAAGCCUGUUUGGUUGAUGUCAAUAGCUUUCGCCGGAGAAGACUUGUUCAAGCGUCCAUUUGUUGUCCGUCGUUUUCCUUCCAAAAUUUGUUUGGCGGGACAAAAACGAUUUGGGCGUGCUCACUCGAACAUAACUUGUUCGGACGUGCUCACUCGAACAUAACUUGUUCGGAUGUGCUCGCCCAUCUCAAAGUUGUCCAUCUCGCUAUCAAAAAAUUGUUCGGCUGUGCAAGUCUUGUCCGGCCAAAAUUCGUAGAAGGUUUCCCUUAUCUUAUCAUUCAUUAUAGCUUUUCAAGUUCUCUUUUCUGAAAAAUAGAUCAAUCAUUUUGGAAAACACAACGCCAAGAAUGGCCAAAAUGAAUGAACAGGUAUCACAUGCCUUAAAAACAUCUUGAAAAUAUGUUUUGAAGAUCUGAAAAACUCUUUGGCCAAAACGGGUAUAGAAAGGUUUGUCUUGCUUCAUCCCUGGCUUGUUGCUUGGAGUGGUCUCUGUUUUCAUCAUCGAGAGCUCUUCACGGAGCGCCCAUGUCUUAAGGCCGGUCAAAAAUAGGGUGUCUACAGGGAAGAAUCUGAAACACUAUUCCAAAGUAGAGCAGAUGUCAUUGUCGUUUCAAAAGCUUGGAGGAGGUAUCUACAAUUGUCAUAACCUCAGGGGAGGGGCAUCUCUGGUUGUAAAUUCGUCAUGGAAGAACCCUUCUGGGGAAUGGCAUGUGGGGUGUAAGUUGGUGUAUGAGCUUUUUACAGACACGUUGACUUCUCGUUUGAAGAAAGAACGAAAGAAAAAGUGGGAUGAGAAGCAUCAGGAAGCCAUAGCUGAAGCUGUAAAGUGUCUUGAUGAAUUUGACAAGAAACAUGUAAAAGUCGAGGAUGCUAAUUUGAAACGGGCUCGUGAAGACCUCCAGAACAAAGUUGAUUUUCUGCGAAAGCAAGCUGAUGGCUAUGAAGGGGCCUGUUAUAGAUGCUGUUGUAUGGCAUGAUGGAGAGCUAUGGAGGGUUGCUCUUGACACACAGUCUUGAGGAUGAUCCUGAGCGGGGGAAACUUGCUGAAUUUGUCCUCCUAACUAAUUAUAGGUUUG